CUAAAUAUUAGAACAUUUAGGAAUAGAAUAAAAGGAAUAACAGCCAUUUCUUGUUGAGAGUUCAAUAAAUAGAAUUUCCCACCAAAACAUGAGUAACCAACUAGAUGGAAGAGGGUAUUCACCAGAGACACCAGAUGAAAGAUUGGAAAACUUUGCCUGCCAACAGCUCUCCCAAAGUCCAAGAAAGAAGAAGAACAUCGCCAAGAACAAGAGGAGAUUUAGUGAUGAACAGAUCAGAUUACUAGAGUCAAUCUUUGAAUCAGAGACCAAGCUUGAGCCAAGGAAGAAAUUGCAACUAGCAGGAGAGCUUGGGCUACAACCUCGCCAAAUUGCUAUAUGGUUCCAGAACAGAAGAGCUAGAUGGAAAUCAAAGCGGAUUGAGCAAGAGUACAAGACACUAAGAGCUAAAUAUGACAACUUAGCUUCCUGUUUCGAGUCCUUGAAGAAUGAAAGACAGUCUUUGCUCAUACAGCUGCAGAAGCUAAAUGAACUAUUGGAUGAAAAGUGCGAUGGGAAUAGGACUUGUAAGGGUUCAGAAGGAAACAACAAUCUCCUUGCUUCAAACAAUGGAAACAUCAAUAAUGAUCCUAAAGCACAACAAGGACUAUAUGAUACAGAAUUCAUGUGUUCACAGAACAACAAGAGCAGGGACAUUGAGCACUCUGGGGAUGAAGGGCAUGAACUCCUGAACCAUCAAGAAUACACAGAUAGCUCAUUAGCAUCACACAACCAAUGGUGUAGUUUUGAUUCAGGUAGCCAGUUUUAUCUGUCAUCUAGCAGUUCACAAUGGUUUAAUUUCUGGAUUUGAAGAUUUUGACAUUUGCUCAAUAACUACCUCCUACGUUUGAUGGACCUUCAUAAAAAAAAUGGCUAGGUCAGAAUGAGAAGUCUAAGCACUGCAGCCAAAUUAAUCCAUCAUGCAUCAGAAAUGCAAGGUGGAUUAAAAUCUUGUUCUGAUCUGACCAAACAGUUAAUAGCUGCUUCACACAAACUUUUGUCUCACUUAGUGCAUGUGUGUUUGUUGAAACCUUCAAGGCUCUAGCUUGUGAGCGAGAUAAUGUAUUAAAUGCAUAUAGAGUGAGAAUGUCUGAAACAAUAACGCAAUCCAACUGAUGUUUUCCCUUUUUCUUUCUUA